AUGGUUGCUAUCAAGUCUCUAGCCGCUGCCAUGGCGCUCCUCCCUCUGGCUCUUGCUCACCCGGGCGAGAAUAAGGAGGCUAUCAAGCGAGAGAUGGGUCUGCGCAAUGUAGCCCACGCCCAUGCUUCGAGAGCUCUGUCCAAGUGCCAGGAUUCAGCGUCGUCCUUGGAAAUGAAGAAACGCAGCGCUGCUCGCCGCGCCGAGAAGGUCAAGAGUCUUCGUGCCAAGCGGGGUCUUACAAGCGAACCAUUGAGCCACCAAAAGAGGGAUCUCACGGAGCUCGGGUACUACGCCGGCAUCUCGCACAACUCCACGGCAGGCUACACCCUCGACACGCCCGAGACCACCAUCUUCGGCUCCAACAACACCUGCGCCCUGGUCCCCGAGACGACCAUCGGGCCCUACUACGUGACCGGCGAGUACAUCCGCUCCGACAUCACCGAGGGCCAAGCCGGAGUACCGCUACACCUCGAGAUGCAGUUCGUGGACAUGAACACCUGCGCCCCCGUCCCCCAACUCCUCGCCGACGUCUGGCACUGCAACGCGACGGGCGUGUAUUCCGGCAUCGGGACGGACGAGGGCGAGGGCGGCCUGAACAGCACGUUCCUGCGGGGCGUGCAGACCUCUGACGCCGACGGCACGGUGGCCUUCGACACGCUGUUCCCGGGCCACUACAACGCCCGCGUCACGCACUUCCACCUCGUUGUACAGACCAACGGCACCUACCAGGCCAACAACACCUACACGGGUGGGGACACGUUACACGUCGGUCAGCUGUACUUCGACGACAGCCUCGUCAAGGCCGUCGAGGCUACCUACCCGUAUUACACUAACACCAUCGCGUACACCACGUGGGAAGAUGACGGCUGGAUGCUCGAGGAGGCGACGGCGCAGUAUGAUCCGUUUGUGGAGUAUGUGCAGCUCAGUGAGGACUUGGCGGAUGGGUUAUUGGGUUGGAUUACGGUUGCCGUUAAUUUGAGCAGUAAUCACACGGCGAACUUGACGGCGGCUGCCCAUCUCUACAAGGAUGGGGGAGUGGCGGUUAAUGGGUCGAGUAAGGGGCUGCCGCCUAGCAACCCUAAUGCGCCUAUGCCCUCUAUGUAG